UGCUAUCAAGUUCUCUGAAUAAGUACAGGGGCUGUAGUACAAUUAAAAGUAAUGAGAACCUGCUGAGCCAAUGUCCCUGCACGCAAUAAAAGGGUGUAGACUAAUUGCAGGAGCAGAGAUUCCUUCCCCCUCCCCUGCCAUUUUCCUUCACUUUGAUUGGUGGAUUUGCACUUUAAAUAAAGGUUCCUGAUCUUCACUGAUUGAGAAGUACAGAGCAAGUCCCACGCACAGUCCUGAAAAAAAAUUUAAUCUUCUUUUCUUAGAACUAUCUUGUUUGGCAUCAUCAGGCCCUGAGAGCACAGUGCAUGUCAGCAUCUAAGAUUCCACUUUUCAAAAUGAAGGACCUGAUACUGAUCCUAGGCCUUCUGGAAAUGAGUUUUGCAGUGCCGUUGUUUCCUCAGCGAUCUGGAACACCGGGUAUGGCUAGUUUGAGCCUUGAGACAAUGAGACAGUUGGGAAGUUUGCAGGGAUUAAAUACACUUUCUCAGUAUUCUAGAUUUGGCUUUGGGAAAUCAUUUAAUUCUUUAUGGAUGCAUGGUCUCCUCCCGCCACAUUCCUCUUUUCCAUGGAUGAGACCAAGGGAACAUGAAACUCAACAGUAUGAAUAUUCUUUGCCUGUGCAUCCCCCACCUCUCCCAUCACAGCCAUCCUUGAAGCCUCAACAGCCAGGACUGAAACCUUUCCUCCAGUCCGCUGCUGGAAUCGCCAACCAGGCCACAGCACAGAAAGCACUUCAGCCUCCAAUUCACCUGGGACAGCUGCCCUUGCAGGAAGGAGAACUGCCUCUGAUUGCGCAGCAGGUGGCACCAUCAGAUAAGCCACCAAAGCCUGAGCUCCCAGGAAUAAAUUUUGCUGAUCCACAAGGUCCAUCACUCCCAAGAACGGAUUUUGCUGAUCCACAAGGCCCAUCACUCCCAGGAUUGGAUUUUGCUGAUCCACAGGGUCCAUCUAUUUUCCAAAUAGCCCGUUUGAUUUCUCGGGGACCAAUGCCACAAAAUAAACAAUCUCCGCUUCAUCCAGGAAUGUUUUACGUGCCUUUUGGAGCAAAUCAAUUGAAUGCCCCUGCCAGACUUGGCAUCAUGAGUUCAGAAGAAAUGGCAGGAGGGAGAGGAGGCCCAAUGGGCUAUGGAGCCAUGUUUCCAGGAUUUGAAGGCAUGAGGCCCAGCUUUGACGGAAUGCCUCACAACCCAGCUAUGGGCGGUGACUUCACUCUGGAAUUUGACUCACCAGUGGCUGCAACCAAAGGCCCUGAGGGAGAAGGAGGUGCACAAGGCUCCCCUAUGCCAGAGGCCAACCCAGACAAUCCAGAAAACCCAGCUGUCUUUCCAGACCUAGAACCUGCUGCCCACGCAGGGCUCCUUGCUGUCCCUAAGGAUGAUGUUUCCACCCUGCCAAGAAGCCCUUCAGGGAAGAGGAAGGGUGCCCUCAGCAUCACCCCAGCAGCUGCUGACCCACUGAUGACACCUGAAUUAGCUGAUAUUUAUGGGACCUAUGGUGCUGACAUGACCACAUCCAUGGAUUUCCAGGAAGAAGCAACCAUGGAUACCACAAUGGCCCCAAAUUCUCUGCAAACAUCCAUGCCAGGAAACAAAGCCCAGGAGCCCGAGAUGAUGCAUGAUACUUGGCAUUUCCCAGAGCCCUGACAGCUCUAAGAGAUUAGCUACUUUCUGUAUGCACAAGCUUCCCAGCUUUGUCCCCACAGUGUACCUUUUUGCUAAAACACUUAUUACCCUUCUGCAGCAAAGGCAUUAAAAGUGCUAAGCACAUACUAAUAAACGCAAGUGGCUAGAAA